UGAGAUUCUAAAUGUAAAUGGUUGUAUAAGAGUUUCACUUUGAAUUCCAACGCUCUGACAUGUUUUAAUUUUCUAACUCUCGUCUUUUAAAGUCAGCAAUUCCUAAACCACAACAGCAAAAACAUCCAAUAUCUGUGAGUCCCAGAAAAUAAAGAGACCAAAACCUGUGCACGAGGGUGAAAAAUGAUACUGACAAACUAUUAACAUGUUAAAGCUGAGUUCCAGCUCUUCUCAUGUCUUCUCUCACUCUUGAUAAGCCGACACUUCACACCUCUGUGAUCCCCCCCUCUUACUCUUUUCUCUCCACCUGCUAAUGAGAUUCUAGCCUGGGAUUGUCUUGCUAAGUGCACAUAUGCACAUUUAAAGGCAGUUUCUCUCCAGCCCUGAAAGAGUUAAUAUUCCUACACCUGUCCUAUCAGACACCUGUUUCUCUGCUCUCAGCCAAUCAGAGCAGAGAGGGAAACUGUGCUGGCAUGAAAUAAAUCUGGGCCCCGUUCAGGAAGAAUCUCAACACUUGACUCAUCUCUCUCUGUGUGUGUGUGUGUACAUAUGUGUCUCUGUGUGUGUGUGUGUCUUCUCGGCUGUAGACUGACAGAGUCACCGACACAGAUAACACUCAGACACACAGGAGAUUAGCUGAAAUUAAAGGAUCUCUAGCCCGGCUGACUUGGACUGGAGACAUGACCAAAGAGACUGAGACACUGGGCCUGGUUUUUCAGAGUGAGAACUUCAACUAUAAUCAUUAUUCAAACUACAACAUGGACUCCUGGUCCUACCUGGAGACACCUGUCCCUCCGGCGAACCACUCCAAACCCAGACUCCACCCUGGGGACGACCUGGCAGCGUUAACCAUGCUAUAUGAACAGUGCAGGAACCAAAAGGAGCAAAAAAUGUCUCCCUGCGGUCGAAUCAACGGUAACAAGAUCACAGACAGAAAUUCAAGCAACGAUAUGGUUCCCCUCGAAACAUCCGCCAAUGUCAUGAAGAUCCUCGCAGAGAACAUCCCCACCGGCCAUCACCAGGAUAUGUUGGGAUCAAAGCAGAACAUCUCAGUGGCCAGUUCCGUUCCCACCACCUCAGACACCUACACCACGCUGACCAGCGUAGUGGCCGACACGUACGACAAACAAGAGCUCAACAUUAUCUUUGACUCUCUGAUGCAGAAGUGGCCAGAGACCGGCGCUUUUCCUGAUGCUAGCACCGAGAAUCUUCCUUACGACCCCUUCCCCGAAGACCCCUCCAGUCCGGUCUACUCUGGAUCGCCCUCUGAGAGAUUCAGGAGCGAGUUCCAGUUUUCCCUGGGUGCUCCUUCAGCUGCUCAUUACAAGUCCAGUGAGCUGCCCAUGGUCUACCUGAACAAGGGGCAGUUCUACCCCAUCACUCUCCAGGGGGUGGACAGCAGCGCCUGCCUUACGACCACCAAAGUCAAGACUGUUGUGAUGGCUGUGUUCGAAAAUGACAAGAACCCAGAAAUGCAGCUCCGCUUCUGGAAUCACUGGCAUGCAAGGCAACCAACCGCCAAGCAGAGGGUCAUUGACAUCGCGGAUUACAAAGAGGUGUUUAGCGGCAUUAGCGACAUAGAAGAAGUGGCUUUCAAUGCUUUCUCUUUUGUGUGGAACCCCAAUGAAGAAGCCAAGGUUUACAUUGGCAUCAACUCUUUGAGCACUGACUUUUCAUCCCAGAAGGGAGUGAAGGGUUUACCACUGAACCUACAAAUCGACACGUACGACUUUAGCUCAGGAAACAACAACCUAAUUCACAGAGCUGCCUGCCAGGUCAAGAUUUUCUGUGAUAAGGGUGCUGAAAGGAAAAUGCGGGAUGAGGAGAGGAAGAGAAGCAAGAGGAGGGGAAAAAAUGCCAAUGACACCAACGCUAACAAGUCUCUAGUAAGCAGCUCCAUGGGCAGUGACUGCACCUUCUUCCAGACACUGGACGAUCACGUCACACAGCCAGUUCUCUUCAUUCCAGAAACACACCUCUGCAGUUUACAGCGCAUGGCCAUUUCCGUAGAUGAGAAUGAAAGGAAUCCCCAGAAGAGGCAGUACAGCGACAAUCAGACCUGCUCUCCUCCCAACAAGCAGGCCCGCAGAGAAGACCCACAGAGAGGUAGGUGCAAAACUCAAACUCUGAUUAUAUUCAUCAAAUAUCAGCCUGGGAGCCUUCGUCAUCUCAUCGAUCCUUUCGUUUCUCUCCUAACUGAAGUCCUUCUGUACGUGAGGACGAGCGCAGAGGAAGUGUUUGACGCUCUCAUGCUGAGCUCGCCGACACUGUCAGGCCUAAAAGAAGCUAUUUCAGAAAAGUACUGUCUGCAAAAAGACACCAUUGGGAAAGUCUUCAAAAAAUGCAAGAGAGGAAUUUUUGUCAACAUGGAUGAUAACAUCAUUGAACACUACACCAACCACUCGGCCUUCCUCAUAGAGAUGUCAGAGUCAGUUUCCGGGCAGUUCCAGAUCACAUUGGUUGAAGUAUGAAGGAUGAAAAGAGAAGCCUCCCAUCUGCCCGUUUAAACUAUCUCUCAAAGCACUGCCCUAUCAGAGACUAUGUGAGCUUUGGGCUGACAGAACCAAAGACAGAACCGGGCCAAAGAGGCCUCUGCAGUUUUCUGAUUUCAAAAGAACAUCAAUUCGUCAAUUCCUUUCCUCCUGGAUGUUGUAAAUACCAUUCACUUCCCUUUUUAUGAUUUUCUCCAUUUGAAUUUAAUAUUUUAAUGUAAAAGCAUGAACAAUGACCAGCCUGUAAAUAUACAAUGUAAAUAUAUUUUAGUGUUACAGUGUUUAUGAAUUAGCCAUGUGAUGAUGAAAUCCAUUUUUCCACAAAUUGCGACGUAUUUCAAUUUUGUUUUUCGUCAGUACAUUAGUCAUGUACAGCAUAUUCUCAGCAUUUUCAGUUGUUGCAAGUCCUGCUGCUCUAAGUGUUUCCAUCAUUUCUUCUGACUCCCUGCAAGAGUCAUCGCCUUUUCUUACCAACAUACAGCUUUACAGUGCCAAAAGUAUGUUCCUCCAAAGGUUUCUGUUUCACAACCAACAUGGCCGUGUUACAUUUAGUACCUAAAGUCACACAUUUCUACGCAUAAAACCACACAACAGUUAGUUGAUGGUGUCGAUUGAUGUUAACCCUAAACUCUGAGCAUUUCCUCACUGUGUGAUGAGACCGCUGACUUUGUCGUGAGCAGAUCAGGAACCCUGACAUCCCGAGGGCCUGCCGGAGGACUUGUGUGUGUGUGUGUUUAAGCAUGUAAUUCUGUGUGCGUGUUAAUGUCGUAGGAUUUUUUUUUUUCAUCCUUGUACGUUACGCAUCAUUUCAAAGCAAACAUAUAUCCCUGUAAUAUUUCAUAAUUAUCCCAUGGCAAUUCUGCUUGUAUUAUUCAACUUUUAUAACAAAAUAAAGAAAAUACAUACG